AUGCACUAUUUGCGGACGGCCACAUCGGGAGAGGCGGCGAAACUCAUCGCCAGCCUCGCAAUAGAAGCCGAAUCUUUCGCAACGGCUUGGGAGAUUCUCUCGGAUCGGUACAACGACACACGGGUGCUCAUCCGCUCUCACCUGGACAGCAUUUUUCGUACAACGGUCAUCUCACCAAACUCAGCACGGGAUCUUCGCACCCUCAUCCACGACGUCUCGGAGGCGUACAACUCACUCCGGGUUCUGGGGGCACCUAUCGACUACUGGGACUGGGUUCUCGAGUAUGCGAUCACGCGACGUCUCGACACCUCGAGUCGCGUCGCCUGGGAAACAAAAGCGGGCCAAUCACCAACUCAGCCAAAAUUGGCAGAAUUGCGGGCGUUCCUCACCAAUCGGGCUCGGGCUCUUGAGGGCUCUGCUGUCUCCACGGGUCCUCCUCACUCUCGGAGCGGAAGCAACACGGGAUCGGGCAAAUCAGCACCGGGUACAUCCUCAAGGCCGUCAGCAAGGGCUCAUGCGGCAACAACGGGGAGCCAGCAAUCAUGCUCGCUCUGCCAGCAGGCGCACUUCAUCGUCGCCUGCCCCAAAUUUCGGGAGCUCACCAACGAGCAUCGGCGGGAAAAGGUGCAGUCCUUGCGGCUGUGCUUUAAUUGCUUGGGUCGGCACAACGUGUCGUCGUGCCAGACGACGACGAAGUGCAAGGAGUGCGAACGGAAGCAUCACACCAUGAUCCACGUCGGGUGGAGUCGGGACGGGAGCACUCCUGCACCAUCACGUUCGGUCAAGUCGGACGAGGCAUCGGGAGCCUCUACGGCGGGACCAUCCUCAUCAAGCUCCGCAUGA